GACGACUACCGACCGCAGCGUACGCCUGUCGUUCGCCUGACACGCGGGCUCUAUUACAUCUCAAUAUUACGAGCCGGCUAGGCGAAUUUAUUUGAAAAACUCAUUUACAUCUAAAUCAAAUUCAUCUCUAUAUUUUUUCGCUUCGAGGUCGUCAACAAUUUUAAUAUUAAGAUUAAAAAAUUAAGAUACUUUGUAUUUUUUGGACAGUGAGUGAAGAUACUUAUUUGAACAUUAGGAAGUUGAUUAUGCAGUGACUGUUAGCAGAAGAGGUGUGUAGCAUUAACAUGGUGACCGGUGUGGGUAGCCCGCAGGCGGGAGCGAAUAUGAGCGCGCCGGAGAAGAAGCCGCCGGCGGACAGCCGAAGGAGCAAUAAGCCUAUAAUGGAGAAGCGACGGCGCGCGCGCAUCAACAAUUGCCUCAACGAGCUCAAGGCGCUAAUCCUUGACGCUAUGAAGAAAGACCCGGCUCGCCACUCGAAACUCGAAAAAGCUGACAUACUAGAAAUGACGGUGAAACACCUAGAAGGCCUAAGAUCAGAAAGCGCUGGGUCUCCUGACCGUUUUCGAGCUGGGUACCGACAUUGCGUAUCGGAAGUUUCCAAGUAUCAAGGAUUAGAGGCUGGAUUGAAAAGGCGAUUGGUGAGACACCUAGAAGCCUGUGUGAAUACGCAGGGAAGACCUGCCGGGGCACCUACGCCACCGUCCGAUAAUGAAGACGUACAGCCACCCAGUCAGCAUUCGACUAUCUUUAUAUCUGGUCCCGGUUCAGGAGUGCGUCUGGUCCCAACAAGGUUAUCCAACGGCGACAUUGCUCUUGUGCUGCCUGCUGGAGUUAAUGCUAGCACGUUAGGAACAGUCCCCACGCUCGUCCCUCUUUCUCCUCGGGACGCAUCCUCUUCUUCAUCAUCAGAACCUAGGUGUUAUUCUCCUGCGAGUUCAGGGUGGGGCACCCCACCUCCACCUUCAGACGAGCCCGCCCCUCUCGCCUUAGUGACUAGAAAGCAACCACCAGAGGAUAAACCCUGGAGGCCUUGGUGACGACUUCUCCAUUCCUCUAUAAGGAAUCUGUGAUAUAGAUUAAUGUCGCUGUCUAAUGCUAACAGAGUAUUUGAAGUUCCUAGCGUAGUUAUAAAUUGUAAACAGGUAUACAUGGAUAUAUAGGAGAUGAUGCGUGGUCAGUACAUUUAAAUGUGUGAUAUAAAUAUUAUUAAGAGAAAGGUUUCCAUUACGUUUAGGUGGAAAACACAUAUGCCAUUCACCGUGUCCAGCAGCGGUAAACACUCAAGUAUCAAGCAGGCAAACUGAAUAAUAACACAAUAGUAAUAAUGUGCCAGACCUAGUCACUGACCAGUGAUCAGACCACCCAAAUCAGAAUCAAUUCAGAAAAGUUCAUUUCCCAAAUUGGUGAUCCCGGGAAUCAAACUCUAGACAUCCUUAUCCUGCGCCCACUUUGCAUACUGUGGGCCAUAAGGGUCCCCAAUAUCGUAUUUCAAAGUCGAAAAAAAAAAAAAAAAAAUAUAAAAUAGGCAAAAUAAUUUUACACGUAAUUGAAAACGUAAUUUUUCAACCUACUGCUCAUUCACU